AUGCAGAGCUUGAACAUCAUCGUCGUCGGAGCGGGCAUCGGAGGCCUACAGGCUUCUCUCGCGCUCGCCAAAGAUGGCCACCGAGUUACCGUCCUGGAAUCCGCGAAGGCGUUUGAGGAAUCGUCCCAGGUCGGAGCGGGCAUCCGCGUGCCGCCCAACUCGCACAAACUCUCCACCUCAUGGGGCGUGGACUUUAGCAAAGUGAAGAAAGAUGUCUCCAUGGGGAACCGGUUUGUCGACUGGAAAGGGAAAAUGCUGCUGUCUCUCGACUUCUCCGACGUCGAGAAGCGGUACGGUGCGCCCUACUACUUCCUCCACCGCGCGGACUUGAUUAAGUUGCUGGUGGACACGGCGCAGGAGAACGAGCGCAUUACGAUCCGGAUGGGCUCGAGAGUGGAGAAGUAUGAUUUCGAGACGCCUGCUGUGACGUUAGUGGGAGGGGAGGUGGUGAAGGGCGAUUUGAUUGUGUGCGCGGAUGGCAUCAAGUCGGCGAUCCGAGACGAGAUCAAUGGUCGCCCUCUUCCGCCGCAGGACACUGGCGACGUAGCGUAUCGAAUCCUCGUGCCUGCACAGCCGCUAUUGGACGACCCCGAGAUGGCUCAUCUAGUCAAAAAUCCCUGGGCGAUGCACUGGAUGGGGCCCGAAGGACACGCAGUCGGCUACCCGCUGCGCGGAGGCGAACUCUACAACAUCAUCAUCGACGUGACGCACGCCUCGGACUGCGGCGAGCCGCUGGCGGACGAAGGGCAGAUUUGGAAGUCGGCGCGGAGCAACUCGGAGCUGGUGCAGCGGUUUCACGACUGGUGUCCGGAAGUGCGCAAGCUGUGUGCGAUGACGGGCGAGUAUUUGAAGUGGAAACUUGCGGACUUUGAUCAGCUGGACCAUUGGGUGACGCCUAAUGGUACGGCUGCUUUGUUGGGGGACUCUUGUCAUCCUAUGUAA